AUGCAGAAGAGCGUCCGCUACAACGAAGGGCACGCGCUGUUUCUGUCGGCGGUCGCGCGUAAAGAGGGCACCAAGCGCGGCUACCUGAGCAAGAAGACCGCGGAAAACAGCCGCUGGCACGAGAAGUUCUUCGCCCUCUACCAGAAUAUACUGUUCUACUCCGAGAACGAGCAGAGCGCCAGACCUGCCGGGAUUUACUUGUUGGAAGGAUGCACCUGCGAUCGCUCCCCGGCGCCCAAGAUGUCCACCACUGGGAGGGAAGCGCUGGAGAAACAGCACUACUUCCUCAUCGUGUUUGGUCACGAUGGACAGAAGCCUCUGGAGCUGCGGACGGAUGAGGAGAGUGAGUGCGAUGAAUGGGUGGAGGCCAUCCAGCAGGCAAGUUACUCUGAAAUCAUCAUUGAACGAGAGGCGCUGAAGCAGAGAUACAUCCACCUCGUACAGAUAGUGGAGACUGAGAAGGUGGCCGCCAAUCAGCUGCGCACCCAGCUCGAAGAUCAGGGCACAGAGAUCGAGAGGCUCAAAUCAGAGAUUAUAGCUCUGAACAAAACCAAGGAGCGAAUGCGGCCUUACCAUGUCAACCAGGAAAAUGAAGACCCCGAUAUCAAAAAGAUCAAAAAGGUGCAGAGUUUCAUGCGGGGCUGGCUCUGUAGGAGGAAGUGGAAGAUCAUCGUUCAGGACUACAUCUGCUCUCCUCACGCUGAGAGCAUGAGGAAGAGGAACCAGAUCGUCUUCAACAUGGUGGAGGCAGAAACAGAGUACGUCCACCAGCUCUACAUCCUGGUCAACUGUUUCCUCAGACCUCUGCGGAUGGCAGCCAGCUCCAAGAAACCCCCCAUCAGCCACGACGAUGUCAGCAGCAUCUUCCUCAAUAGUGAGACCAUCAUGUUCCUACAUGAGAUUUUCCAUCAAGGCUUGAAGGCGAGGAUAGCCAACUGGCCAACUCUAGUGCUUGCGGACCUAUUCGAUAUCCUGCUGCCCAUGCUGAACAUCUAUCAGGAGUUUGUGCGUAACCAUCAGUACAGCCUGCAGGUUUUGGCCAACUGUAAGCAGAACAGGGACUUUGACAAGCUGCUGAAACAGUACGAAUCUAACCCCGCCUGUGAGGGAAGGAUGCUCGAGACCUUCCUCACAUACCCGAUGUUCCAGAUUCCCCGCUACAUCAUCACCCUGCACGAGUUAUUGGCACACACGCCACAUGAGCAUGUGGAACGAAAGAGUCUUGAAUUUGCCAAGUCCAAAUUAGAGGAACUGUCCAGGGUUAUGCAUGACGAGGUGAGCGACACAGAGAACAUCAGGAAGAACCUGGCCAUAGAGAGGAUGAUAGUGGAGGGCUGUGACAUCCUGCUGGACACCAGCCAGACCUUCGUCAGGCAGGGCACUCUGAUCCAGCUGCCGUCGGUGGAGCGAGGGAAGCUCAGUAAGGUCCGUCUGGGCGCUCUCUCUCUGAAGAAGGAAGGGGAACGGCACUGCUUCCUCUUCACCAAACACUUUCUCGUCUGCACUCGCAGCUCUGGGGGAAAACUGCACCUUCUCAAGCAAGGUGGAGUUUUGUCCCUGAUUGACUGCACACUCAUAGAGGAACCAGAUGCCAGCGAUGAGGAGUCUAAAGCUGGCGGUCAGGUAUUUGGUCAGUUGGACUUUAAGCUUAUAGUGGAGCCUUCGGACUUGCCUUCUUUCACUGUGGUGUUGCUGGCACCAUCGCGGCAGGAGAAGGCGGCAUGGACCAGUGAUAUUAGCCAGUGUAUAGAUAAUAUCCGCUGUAAUGGCUUGAUGACCAGUGUAUUUGAGGAGAACUCUAAAGUCACUGUGCCUAAUAUGAUCAAAUCCGAUAUGCGUCUCCAUAAAGAUGAUGUUGACAUUUGCUUCAGCAAGACGCUCAACUCCUGCAAGGUCCCCCAGAUCCGCUAUGCCAGCGUGGAUCGGCUGCUCGAGAGGCUGACCGACCUGCGCUUCCUCUCCAUAGACUUCCUCAACACCUUCCUGCACACAUACAGGAUGUUCACCACAGCAACCGUUGUCAUGGGCAAACUGGCCGACAUCUACAAGAAGCCCUUCUCCUCCAUACCUAUCAGAGUGCAGUACCACUCAUUUGACCGUCUGUCUAUCUCAUCCAUCUGUCCCGACUACAGUCUGAAGAUCAAGAGGAUAGCCGUGGAUCAGUCCAAGUCCUUGGAGCUGUUCUUUGCCACCAACCAGAACAACAGAAGUGGCGAACACAUAAACGACAAAUCUCCUCGUCUUUGCCGCAAGUUCUCCUCUCCUCCUCCUCUGUCCAUCCAGUCCCGCACCUCCUCCCCUGUCCGAACCCGAAAGCUCUCCCUCCACUCCCCCAUCACUGCCAGGGUCGGAGGGCUCGACCUAACCAGUCCUCUGUUAAACUCCAGCGUCAACCAUAACACUUCCCAGUCGGCUGCCAGUAGCCCCACAUCUGCCUUCACCCCCCAAACCUCCUCUCCUCCCCCUCCUCCCUCUUCCACCUCUCCCCCACUCGACAACUCAAAGCCACCACAGGACCAAGUUCCACCCAUUCCCUCCUCCCCAGACCAAAGUCCCUGCUCGACUGCAGAGGGGGAGGACGCGCCUAAGAUUGACCCUUUCUCUGGCAAACUGAGACGGAGCAUCCGCAGAGCUCUGCUGGAGUCGGUAUCACUGGAGAAAAUCAUUCCAGAGUCUCCUCAGAGCAGUGAAGCAGGAGACAUGUCUCCAUGUCGCUCACCUUCCACACCUCGACACCUCCGCUACAGGCAGCCUGGAGUUCAGCCAGGGGAGAACUCCCGCUGCCCAGUCUCUCCUGCUUCAGCCUUUGCAAUUGCCACGGCAGCAGCAGGACAUGGUUCACCACCAGUGUUUACUAACUCUGAAAGAACUUGUGAUAAAGAGUUCAUCAUCCGAAGAGCUGCAACUAACAGAGUUCUCAACGUUCUGCGGCACUGGGUUUCCAAACACUCACAGGACUUUGAGAUGAACGGGGAGCUGAAGAUGUCGGUGGUCUGUCUCCUGGGAGAGGUGCUCAGAGAUCCAGACCUCCUCCCUCAGGAGAGUAAAGCAACUGCCAACAUACUGAGUGCCCUUUCUCAGGACGAGCAGGAGGAUGCCAUGCUGAGGAUAGAGGACAUUUUACAGAUGGCGGACUGUCCGAAGGCAGAGUGUUUCGAGUCUCUCCCGGCGAUGGAGCUGGCCGAGCAGAUCACUCUUCUGGAUCACAUCGUCUUCAGGAGCAUCCCUUAUGAAGAGUUCCUUGGGCUGGGCUGGAUGAAGGUUGAUAAGACAGAGAGGACGCCAUACAUCAUGAAAACUUCUCAACACUUCAAUGAUAUGAGUAACCUGGUGGCAUCGCAGAUUAUGACCCACACCGACGUGGGCUCGAGGGCCAACUCCAUAGAAAAGUGGGUUGCCGUGGCUGACAUUUGCCGCUGUCUCAACAACUACAACGGAGUUCUGGAGAUCACAUCCGCACUUAAUCGCAGUGCCAUCUACCGUUUGAAGAAGACCUGGGCUAAAGUCAGCAAACAGGCUAAAACCCUCAUGGACAAACUGCAGAAGACCGUGUCCACUGAGGGAAGGUCUAAAAAUCUGAGGGAGACCCUGAAAAACUGCAACCCUCCGUGUGUGCCGUACCUGGGAAUGUAUCAAACUGACUUGGCCUUUAUUGAGGAGGGGAGGCCCAAUUUUACUGAGGAAGGUCUUGUGAACUUCUCCAAAAUGAGGAUGAUAUCCCACAUCAUCAGAGAGAUCCGACAGUUUCAGCAGACUCCGUACAGAAUAGAGCAUCAAGCCAAGGUGACCCAGUACCUCCUGGAUAAGACUCUCAUCAUGGAUGAAGAGACACUCUAUGAUCUCUCACUGAAGAUUGAGCCCAGGCUUCCUGCCUGAGUUGCAGCAGUUUGUGGCCAGUGGGAACCUGCCAUACCUGGACCCCCAAGGGCAACAAGCCCCCGCAAUCUCAACAAUCAAGAGAAAAUCGGAGAGUUUUGAGAGCAACGUGGAAAUGGGAAUAAGAGAAAUACUGACUGAAGUGAGAGAUAUCUUUAGAGUCAAGUAUGAGGACAGUUGUACAAGCUUUUUACAAGAGUCUGGAGGGAGCAUGAGAAGAGGACAAGGCUGAGAUUUUCUAAGCUGCUGGAUUGAUUGUCUUCAAGGAGAACAAGAGGAGGAGGUUUUCGUUGCAUUGCGUGAGGGUUUUAAGGAAAUGACAUGUCGCCGCGUGCGUACAUCGUUCCUCAGAAGAGAGUGCGGUGCACAUGACAUCACACAUGGAGCAUGGAGUGAAUGGAUGGAAUAAAGUGGGUGUAACAGAGAUGUAGCAUAUACAGAUAGUGUGACAGAGAGGUGUCUGAGCCCGUGUCUCUGUGCCGUCGUCAAUGUUCUGUUGCCUGUGCAUUUACGUGCCACGUCCUGGAGCAAGAGCCCCAAAAAAUAGCUUUUUGUCAUGAUGGUCACUGCAUAAAACGUGCAUGAAUUCAGCUUAGGAUGUAACUGUCUAAAUGGCCUUCCACCUGACCCCUGACCCUCAGCUUAGCAUGCUUCACUCUUACCAGAGUGACUCUCUAAGCCACUAUGCAUCCUCAGUGGGCUGGGUGUGGCAAAAAAAAGCCUUUAAGCCUUCAAAUAUAAUGUAAAAUGAAAAUAACUUAAAGUGAAAAAUUUGAUAUAUUUUGAUGAGGUGGCUGAUUUUUCCAUUGAUAAAAUAAUUAAUUCUGUAUAAGUCUUUAGUCCGUCUUUGCCUAAAGACUGAAUAGAAAGCUAUUGCUCAAAUGAAAACGUCCACAUGAAUGAUACAAAAUAUAAACACUGUGUCAGUGCCUUCCACUAGUGUAGGUCAAUUUCCCCUCAGUUCACUCAUUCAACCUCUUUUUCCCCCAGAAAAUAGGUUAUGUAGACUUCAGAGUAGCAUGCUAGUGUCAACACAGUAAAGUCAUUGCAGCAAAUAUCUCCCUCUAGUGUUUAAACAUUGUUAUAACCUCUACUGACCCAAAGCUUUUGCAGCGUUUGUGUAUUUGUUGGAUUUCUUUGGCUUUUACAAAUCGUCUGAUACUGACGUGUGUAGUCGGGUCCCAUUGUGUAACUCUUGGAUGUAGGCUGGGACAGUGUUUACACUCUCUGAGAUGUAGCUUCGCUUGAGUGACAGUAUGAUCGUUAUUAACCAUGCUAUUUAUUUCAUCAGAUACUGUAUUUAUGAUAUUUUUGUAUAUAGUUACUCCACACAUAUCAUAUGAUUGAUGAAGAGAUAGAUUGAAUUGUUAUGCUGUGAAUAUUGAUUUUAUUGGGGUUUUUUGUCUCUCUUGCUUUUAUGUUGAAGUGUAGUUUUGCAUCCAACGCUCUUGUAUUGCAAGAAAUCUGUUCAACUUUAUUCUAAAAAAAAACAAACAAUGUCAUUUGAAAGUGAAAAAAAUGUAGCAUUUGAAUAAUCAAGUUUGUUUUCCGUAUUGCUGAUAUGAUGAACAUAGUUUUCCUGCAUGCACACAACAGCUGCAUGUUGUGCAUGUCCGACUGGACGCUUCUUGUGCGUUGUCCCUCUGCUUUUCUAUAUCAAUAUUGUCUCUGUAGCUGUCAGGAGGCUCUGUUAAAAGGCAUAGAAACAAUAUUUUGUCCAUCAAAUCUGGAACAUUCGUCUGUAGCUCAAGCAUAUUCUUUAGGCAAUGUCAUCUGCAAGAGAGCCUGUUGUUAUGGAGUAGCAAUGUCGGGAGAAACAGAUUGAUUAGAUGAAAUGUUUUCAGACGUUGCUUUUGGGGGAAAAACAUGUCUGCACUGCGUCUGUAAUUCUGAGUGUCUGUUUGACACACAGGUUUGGGAAUGCAGGAUGCUAUGUUUGUAUUGUAUCAUUUCACUGUAUUUGUUUGCAUUUUCACUUGUAGA